CCACACUUCCCAUCUCUCACCGAUACUCAGUAGUGUUGAUCAGGGCCGCCAUCUACAAUUUAACUCCACGGACCCUUUAAAAAAUAUUUAAUUCCAGGCCAAAACCUAAGGACACAAGUCUUUCCAGGAAGUCUCCUCCACCUCUAGCCUCAACUUCCAAAAUUUCUUAACGCAGGAACACACAUUUAGCCCCCAGCUCUCAAUUAAUUAAAACCACGCGGUUCUGGGCCGACCGAUCGAUCUAAGAAUCCUGGCACGAUUCGGACGAAACUAUACGAACUUGUGUGGCACACGCGUCGGCUUAUCUUACUAGUAUCUAGUAUCUGGCCAUGGCUUUUCCUCCGAUAGCGAGGGCGACCUUGCAAGCGGCGCUGAUUAAUGCUGGUUCCAAUGUCCUGGCUCAGGCUAUUGGGGCUUAUAGGGAUGAGAGACCCUUUGAAUUAGACACUCAAGUCUUGUUUCAGUUCACUACUUGUGCCUUUGUUAUUUCACCCUUGACCUUCUUGUGGCUUGAGGGUCUCGAGGCGAAAUUUCCGGGCUAUGAUGAGAGCUCUGCUCCCAAGCCGAAGACGGAGAAGAAGGGGGCACAGAAGCCCAAAUUGAAUGUGGCGAAUACUGUGGCGAAGAUUGUCAUCGAUCAGAUUGUCGGCGGUGCCUGGAACACGGUAGCCUUUAUCAUGACAAUGGGACUUUUGCGCGGCCAGAGCUGGGAUGCCAUUACGCUGCAGAUCCAGAAAGAUUUCUGGCCCAUCCUGAUCGCGGGAUUCAAGCUGUGGCCUAUUGUCUCUAUCUUGAACUUCACAGUUGUACCAACAGACAAACGGCUGCUUGUUGGCAGUCUUUUUGGUGUGAUCUGGGCCAUUUAUCUGAGCCUGAUGUCUGGUUGAUGCUGUAUUAGGUCAUCUGAGGAGCUUUCCUGGAUUGCCAGGCUAACGGGUCUAUGUUGAAAGCUAGGUUGGGCGCCGAGGUCCUGGGACUUGUGGGUGGUGUUCAUGUUGGCUUAGCAAUUUGUUUGACACCGAGUCUCAAGAUUCGCAACUUGUGCUUCUUAGAGCACUAGUAUAUAAAAGUUGAGACAUUACUUUAUCCUACCGCGUUGGGUAAGCUCGCCAGGGGGGCGACAGAGACCUGACAAGUGCACGCAAAGGGAAGGAGCCUGAUCAAGUCAGAGAUAAAAAGGGGCCAGAGGUGAAAUGACGGCACUGCGCUAGAUAAGUAGUUUACCGGACCAUGCUCCGCAUGAUCAUCAGACAACGUUGAGAUUAAUGAAUGGUUUGUUG